UUUAGUUUUUACUUUUGUUGUAUUUUACCAUCCAUUGAAACGCACAACAACAUCAGCAACCAGAGUUUGAAAAAUGUAAAUGCACAUCUCCCAAUAAUCCCAACAAACUACCAAAACCAAAAACCUUCUCUCAUACCCACAACACACUUUCCUAUUUAAAACCAAAAACCGACCCUUUGCCUACGUCUAAGUAAACAACUCAGAACCUUCCUUCAAAUCACAGCCGUCGCUUUUGAAGUUUCAAAUCCAUCAACUAACUCUUCUUCUUCCCUUCCCUUCCCUUCUCCAUGAAAUAUCCAAGAACAAACCCUUGACCUCACUUUAACCAAACGCGCCUUCCCCACCAUAUCUCUAUAAAACUAACCCAUAUCCCCCAUUUCACCUCCAUUCUCCUUUCUUCACUCAUUUUCCGUUUCUGGGUUCUCCUCUGUUUUCUCUUAUUCCAAUAUCAUGGUGAAACUCAGCAAUAAUCUCGUCGGGAUUCUCAAUUUCAUUACCUUUUUGCUCUCUAUCCCCAUCAUCGCUGGUGGGAUAUGGCUCAGCCGACAAGGUACAUCCGAUUGUGAGAAAUUUCUCGACACCCCCGUAAUCGUCAUCGGUGUUUUUCUUCUACUUGUCUCACUCGCGGGUUUCAUCGGCGCGUGUUGUCGCGUGAGAUGGCUUCUCUGGAUCUACCUUUUCGUUAUGUUCCUUCUCAUCCUUCUUCUCUUCGUCUUCACCAUCUUUGCCUUCGCCGUCACCAACAAAGGCGCCGGAAAAGUUCUUUCGAACAGAGGAUAUAAAGAGUACAGACUCGGUGAUUACUCCAACUGGCUACAGAAUCGCGUCAGGAACAACAAAGAUUGGAACAGAAUCAGAAGCUGUUUAGUCGACGGCAAGGUCUGUGCCGAAUUCAACCAGACAUUCGCUUCUGAAACCGUUGAGCAAUUCUACCAAGAACACUUAUCUUCAAUUCAGUCUGGGUGUUGCAAACCGGCAGAUGAGUGUAAUUUCACGUACAAGACACCGACUCAGUGGGAUAAACCGGCAAAUGUUUCAAGUUUUUCGAAUCCGGACUGUGGUUUGUGGGAUAAUAGACCUGAAAAGCUGUGCUUCGAUUGUGAAUCCUGCAAAGGUGGAGUCUUGGAUAAUCUGAAAAGGAACUGGAAGAAAGUGGCGAUUAUUAAUAUUGUUAUACUUGUGUUUCUCAUCAUUGUUUACUCCAUUGGAUGCUGCGCUUUCAGGAACAGCAAAGAGGAGAAUCAUUAUCCUAGAUGGAAAUGAAGUUAUUGAGUAUUGAUUUUUAUUUUUAUGUUCUUUCAUUGAUGCUCUGUUUUUUUUUUCUUCUCUUUUUUUGUUGUUCUAGUUUCCUCAGCUACUUAGGUUUGUAUUGUUGACUAUUAUUUGCUGUGAUAUAUAUGAAUAAAAUUUAGGGACUUUUGUUCUCCUUUGUAA